UGUCGCAGCAACCGAAACCGAAACAGAAACUGAUACGAAACAGCAUCCAUUUGCCCAUAAGAAAGCUCGCAUGGCUUUUGUAUUGCGCCAUAAACGUUUCGCUGCUCGUAACGCCACAACGCUGUGGCACCGGCCUUCUUCUCGCGCGUAAACAGCGGUCUCCGUUCUCCGUUCUCAGCUCUCAGGUCCGGGCCAACAAGAAUAGCAAAACAGCCAUCCCAGUCCCAGUCCCAGACCCAGACAGACAACACUCAACUCUCCAACGACUCAAAGCGUUGCGUCGCGUCUCUGCCACUGCCGCCGCACACGUCAGCUUCGGGCUCUGCUGCAGUUGCUGUCGCUCUGCCAGCGCCAGCAGCAAGAAUUACCAAUUACACGAAAUUUUUAUACUCUUUUAAAAAUUUCGUUUUAUUAUAAUAUUUAUUAUCGUGGCGCGCAGUAGUGUCUGCGGAACUCAGCUCCCAAUUCCCGACUCUUGGCUGUAGCUCCCCGAUUCCGAUUCCGUACCGAUUCCGAUUCGGAUUAUGAUUGCCAUCCAGAGUCCGAUUCCGAUUCGCUGUGUUUAUUGUUCCUACGCCCGCCGCCGGCUUAUUGUCAUUUAACUGUUAUAGUGCAUAAAAUAAAAACGAAAAAAAAAAUAUAAAGCACAGCAGCCAGCCAUCCAUGUUUGCGUGAAAAAUCAAAAACAAAAACUGUCAAAACACUCGCUUUUAUCGCCAUAGUGUGUGUGCGCAGUGAAUGAAAAUUAAAAGGCCAUAAAAGGUUCGAGAGUUCGAUAGUUCUGCCAGCAAAGUGUUUUACGGCAUUUUAAACAAAGUAAUUAAAAACUGAAAGAAAGCAUUUCUCCAGCCACACACACAGUCGUUUCGAAGGACGGAGGUACACCCACACCAACACCACACCACACGAGCACGCACACUUGAGAAGUCGUAAAAAGCCGCAGGGAAACCCAACUCGCUCUUCCAUAAAAUAAAAACAAAAUAAAACUACAAGAGUGCCAUUAAAAAAAGAUCGCGCGCCUAUAAGUCACAAUCCUCGAAUCCCGCCGGCACACUGUCCGCUCAGACUUCCGCCUAAUUGAUGGUCGCCUUUUAAUUGCAUCUGCAUUUGCCACAAAAUAAAUGCCAUACACCUCACAGCUCACACCCACACACACUUGCACUCGACAGCUGCAACAACAACGCCAACCGAGACUUUAUGAAAAUUUAACAAAUUUCGUUGUGAAUUCGCCAGUUUCGAGCGAAGUAAAAGGCUGAAAAGUUGCCCAAGUUCGCUAGAGAAAGCCCGAGAAAGGUAUUCCAAAAACGACUAAAAUAUAUAUUCCGAAAAACUCGAAAGAACCGAAAUACGAACCAGAACCCAAGUGAACUGAAUUCCGAAGAUUCGAUCUCGAAAAAAUAUGUGCAAUGUCAAAAUUUGUUUUCGAUAGUAUGCUGCCAAAGUAUCCACAGUUCCAGCCGUUUAUCAGUUCGCACCUAACCACCACCCCCCCGAAUUCGUCAUCUGCAGCAGUAGCCGCCGCCCUUGCAGCCGCCGCCGCCUCUGCCAGCGUCUCAGCCACCGCCAGCAGCAGCAACAGUCUCAGCCUGAGCAACAACAACACCAGCAGCAUCAGCAACAUCAACAACAACAGCAGCAGCAGCCCCAGCAGCAGCAGCAACCACAACAAUCUCAAUCUGACAGCGGGAUCCCUGUCUCCCAGUCCCAGCGGAUUGCAUUUGGGCCAGCACCUGGGUCAGUCGCCCCACUCGCCGGUGUCCUCGUCCUCGCCGUUCCAGCAACACCAACACCAGCAGCAGAGCUUGCACCACCAGCAGCAACAGCAACAGGCCCAGCAACAGCACCACCAGUACUCCUCCCUGUCGGCGGCCCUCCAGCUGCAACAGCAACAGCACCACAUCAACAAGCUAGCCGCUGCAGCCGCCGCCUCCCACGGCCACGCCCACGCCCACGCCCACCAGCAGUUGCUGCUGACUCCGCCGUCCGUUGGCAAUUCGCAAGCCGGCGACAGCAGCUGCUCCCCAUCGCCGUCGGCAUCUGGCAGUUCGUCACUGCACCGCAGCCUCAACGACAACUCGCCGGUCUCCGGCCCCGCAUCCGCAUCAGCCGCAUCCGCGUCGGCAUCCGUAUCCGCGGCCAACUCCGUAGCCGCCGCCGCUGCCGCUGCUGCCGCCGCCGCCGCGGCCAGCUCCUCGUUUGCAAUCCCCACCAGCAAGAUGUAUCCCUAUGUAUCAAACCACCCCAGCACCCAUGGAGGACUCUCCGGAAUGGCCGGGUUCUCUGGGCUGGAAGAUAAGUCAUGCAGCAGGUACACGGACACCGUGAUGAACAGCUACCAGUCGAUGAGCGUACCUGCCUCGGCCUCGGCGCAGUUCGCUCAGUUCUAUCAACAUGCCACAGCCGCCGCCUCGGCGGUCUCAGCCGCCAGUGCCGGGGCCAUUGGAGUCGACUCCCUCGGAAACGCCUGCACCCAGCCCGCCUCCGGGGUUAUGCCAGGAGCAGGGGGUGCUGGUGGGGCAGGAAUCGCCGAUCUGCCGAGAUAUCCCUGGAUGACACUUACAGACUGGAUGGGAAGUCCCUUCGAGCGUGUCGUUUGCGGCGAUUUCAACGGCCCCAACGGAUGCCCCAGAAGACGCGGCCGCCAGACCUACACUCGCUUUCAGACCCUCGAGCUGGAGAAGGAGUUCCACUUCAACCACUACUUGACUCGGCGGCGGCGCAUCGAGAUAGCCCACGCUCUCUGCCUGACCGAGCGACAGAUAAAGAUCUGGUUCCAGAACCGGCGCAUGAAGCUGAAGAAGGAGCUGCGCGCCGUCAAGGAAAUAAACGAACAGGCGCGACGUGAUCGCGAGGAGCAGGAGAAGAUGAAGGCCCAGGAGACGAUGAAAUCCGCCCAGCAGAACAAGCAAGUGCAACAACAGCAGCAGCAACAGCAACAACAGCAGCAGCAACAACAACAGCAACAGCACCAGCAGCAGCAGCAACAGCCCCAGGACCACCACUCCAUCAUCUCGCACAAUCCGGGCCACUUGCACCACUCCGUGGUGGGUCAGAACGAUCUCAAGCUCGGCCUGGGAAUGGGCGUCGGCGUGGGAGUGGGCGUGGGCGGUGGUAUUGGCCCCGGCAUCGGUGGCGGCCUGGGUGGCAACCUGGGCAUGAUGAGUGCCCUGGACAAGAGCAAUCACGACCUGCUGAAGGCGGUCAGCAAGGUUAACUCCUAAGCAGCUGGCCCCCCGGAAAGCCGAGCCCCAGCCGAGCCAACGAGCCAUCGAGCCAAUCUUCCACCAGCCGCACCACUAGCUCCACUAGCACCACCACCAACCACCAUCACCGCCGCAUUCGCAUCCGCGUUCUUGUUGCGAAAAAAACAAAACCAGAAGAUAAACUCGAUAACUAAAAUACGUAAAGUUUUACAUAGUAAAUAGUUGCAUAAGUCUAAAAAGUACUACAUAGACCCGAAAGGGAAGAGCAAAACGCAAAGAGAGGUGCCACACGGCUCAGAGGCGAUUCUGUUUGGAGAAGGAUUGUAGAGUUGUUGCUUUUUUGAGGAGGAGGCCAGCUGAGGUUUUCCUCGGCUCUCCUCCCAGUGCAGGAGUUGUCUAUUUGAUAGAGCGACUGCCGCGCGAUUUCCUUUUCUCUAGAUCUCUGGCGAGAGUUUGUGUAUCCGACAUUGCUUCCACGUUUUUCCUUCUACUCCUGUGCAGUCCAACCCCUAAACCGGCAAUUCAACCCCCAGCAUUGGCCUCUGGGCCAGGGGGCUCACAACGAGAAAUGAUAAUAUUAAUGGAUAAUUUGAACUACUUAGAAUAGCGGUUAAUGCUUAAGGCAGGAGUUAGCAGGAGACGCGAUCUAUAUAAUAUAUAAAUGAAUAUUGACGAAAUGAGCGAUUUUUGAUAGUCAAAGGACCCGGUUGCCUGACACAGACCCACUACCCCCCGAAAGCGAAAGGGGUCGUUGGGGAAGGGAACGUUCGGGGUUCGAGUGUAAAAUUAUUUGCGACUGCUGUAGGAUAACCUAGUUCGAUACUUAGAAGCCACGUUCGACUAUGUUAAACGGUAUAUUAAUACAUAAAUAUAUGGAUAUGCUUACAGAUUAAAGAUACUUACAUAUAGAGUUAUAGAGCGUACACUUGUAUCUAAAUAUUUAUUGGAAAUUUCUGUUUAUGUUUUUCGUCAACAAAAAAGAAAAGUAAGAAAAAAAAAAGAAAGUCUCUUCCAAUGUUUCGUUUAAGUAAAUGUUUAUUGUAUGUUUGCUGUAUUUUGUUGUUUGCCAACGCUUGAUACAAUGAUUUCUUCAAUGCCAUAUUAUUCUUAAUUCGACAAGCAAGCAAGCAUUGCAUACAUAUUUGCGCAAAUAUUCCCAUAAAUACCAGUUUUAAGGACGAAACGGUAUGCAACAUACCCAAAAGCAUAAUCACGAUUUCAAAUACGUAAUAAUAAUAAUGAAAAUGAAACAAAAGUGAAGUAGGGCGGAGAAGAGAGUAAAUUGAUUGUCGUUUUGCCAGUGACUACAAUUUUAAAUUACCUACAGUUAAGCAAAGUAUGUACUACAAAUCUACAAAGAAAAUAACAAACAGUAAGGAAACACUGAAUACGUAUUAGCUUAAGGUUGCAACAACAGACGAACUGUCAAGAAGGCCAGUCAUAGGGGGGAACGGCUCGAAAACCCAUAUACGUAGAUUUCCAACUUCCCGAAAUUAAAUUUACUAGCAUCGUCUCGCGAGGAUGGCAAGUUGAAUUAAAGUCAAAAUCUAUUUAUUAUACACAACCGAGGCGGAGGGCUUACACUGCGCGUAUUUACAUAAACAACAAUUAUUGACAAAUAUAUAUGAAUAUAUAUUACAAAUAUAUACAAAUAUGAACUUAUAUAUGUAUAAAAAUACUAAAUGUAUGUGUAUCUAGUAUGGUUAAUAUUAAAUGCAGUCGAGUCAGAAGUUAAAGUCUAGCCCACACCCACGAUGAAAAAAAAAUAAAAAAGAAAAAAACCGCUUCCAGUAAACAAAAACAUCUCUUGAGGAACUCAGACUAUGUUUUCCCACUUUCCCCUUUUAGCCUUGGUUCGAGUGAUAUUCACGCCUUUUUCAAGACCAGUUCCCACUUCCGUUUCUGUUUUUUGUUGCAUUUCAGUUUCGUUUAAGUUUAGAUCGUAAAUCAAUAUUUUGUUUGAACCAUAAUGCUAAAUCCUUCUGUUAAUUUUAGUUUAAGUUUAGUUGUGACGAAUUGUGUAUUAUAUAAUUUUAUGCGAUUUUAAAAUGAAUGCGAAAAAAUUAAAAA